AUGGCUGCCAGCAACGACCUUCGGGGCUGGGUGAUGAGCGGUGUCUCCGGCGUGGCUUGUGUCCUCGGAGCCGCCGUCAUCUGCGCGGAUCUGGUAGUGCGGCGGGUUACCAACGAUAAGACCUUCCAGAUCGCCAACAGCAAUAAUUUCCUGUCGGCCUCACUAUGUCUGAGUGCUGGUGUGAUGCUCUUCACCUCUCUAUAUAGCAUGCUCCCCACGUCGAAAGAAUACCUCACACGCGCCGGCUUCUCCCCCUCCGCUUCCGCAUAUAUUUUGAUCGGCUUGUUUCUAGCUGGUGUGAUUGUCAUUAGAGUUGUAUCCGGCUUUCUCCACCGCUUCAUCCCAUCGCAUGUGGUCGAUUGCGCCCAUACUCAUUCUCCGGAACAAGAUCCCGAGCGCGGAGAAGGUCAACUGGGUGCACACAGUGACCAGCAUAGCCAUGUCAACGGUCACACGGAGCGAACCCCUCUUCUGCGACCGACCCAAACCCAAUCUUCCAAGUCAACACCGGUAGUAUCGCAACGGACGGAGCCGGCGUCGAGAGCCGUCAAGCGGGAUUCGUUACGCAAGAUGCUUUCGCGGCGUUUCAGCUCCCUGAUGGGUGGUGUGAAGGACGUUUGUGACGAGGACGGACCGUGCUACGGCUUUUCGCAGACAUGUGGCCAGGAAUGUAUCAAGGUGCUCCCCAAAGCUAGUCCGCCACUCACCGUCCAUACCAAUGAGGUCACGCGUCCGUUUGUUCCACACCAUCAAAGCAUCGCCGUGCAACUGGAUUCAGGCCGAGACCCUGCAUUGAAUACGGCUAUUGAAAACGUUCGGACCGCGUCCGACUCGGGGUAUUUUGACGUCGUUUCUGCCCAGCAUCCCGUUGACCACGCAGAAGUUAGUGCUACGGCCUCUUCUGCCUCAUCCCAGGCGCAUGUCCACCACCAUUCGGAUGCAGCUAGCCAUCAGCAUUACAACCAAAAUUCUCAUAAUCAUGAAGAUCGUGAAGGCCAUGAUGACCUCGAUCAUGCUUCCAAGCCUGCGGCGGAUAGUGUGCAUCACCACCAUGUUCCACAAAAUGCCUUCCUCUCCAUUGGCCUUCAAACCUCACUUGCCAUUGCCUUACAUAAACUCCCAGAAGGCUUUAUCACAUAUGCGACCAAUCACGCCAGCCCGACACUUGGACUGACUGUAUUCCUCGCCCUGUUCAUUCAUAACAUCGUGGAAGGCUUCGCCAUGGCACUGCCUCUAUAUCUAGCCCUUGGUUCCCGUUGGAAAGCUAUGUUCUGGUCCAGCCUUCUCGGUGGUAUCAGCCAACCGGCCGGUGCUGGCCUCGCCGCUCUGUGGAUUUGGACCUCGGGGCACUCUGGCAAUGAUAAGAUGGGGCCGUCCUGGGGUGUGUAUGGAGGCAUGUUCGCCGCCACGGCCGGAGUGAUGACCUCUGUCGCCUUAUCGCUAUUCAGUGAAGGCUUGGGACUGACCCACCGCCGAAAUUUGGGCAUUGGGUUUGCAGUCCUUGGUAUGGGAAUGAUGGGCGUGAGCUUCGCCUUGACGGCUUGA